AUGGGAGGAAGAAGAAAAGGUCGAGAUCCAAAUCAUGGCAACUCGACCAUGGUUAAAAUGCGCAGAUUUAUGGUGCAGACGAAAAAAGCCGAAAUCACGAAGUACAAAGAACUGGACCCGAUCAUCCUGGCAAAUCUUUGGACGCUGUGCCAAAUCACCAUGGCUAAAUUGAAAUUUCCGAUCGAAAAGGAUAAUAACUUGCCCUUCCCUUUUGCUUAUUUAUUGUUUUAA